AGUCUGAGUCAAGUAUAAAGGGAAUAACAUGGUGUCCCAGUGGCUGUUUAUGUUUACUUAAAGAACAGAUUUGAAAGGGCGUUUUGCAAGACACAACGGAGUUUUCUUUAUAGUUACACGGUUUUUUUUUUUUGCACUUUAAGUUUUUUAUGUUAAGAUUUACAAGGCCAGUGGCAUGUAAAUCUCAUAUUUCACUAAUGUGCCAGUCUUACAAAUGGAAAGGGGGCUUCACUUUGGAAACGUGAGCAUUUCCCUGGUGCUCCUGCUGUUGGUGAAAGCGCUCAUCGGAUUCGGGACUUCGCAAGCUCAGGGCUCCGCCAUCGGGAGGGAGCCGCAGUCCGUCACCCGGAGUGCAGGUUCGACCUCGGAGGAAGAUGGUGCAGGAGUCAUGAAGAGGGGCUUGGAGAACCUAGGUACCCCGGUCAUUGGAGCAGACGUUACCGUGGAGGACGACGAGAACGGGUCGGCCGGCGAGGCCGAUGAAUCUUAUGGAGAAAGUAACGGAAACGUCCGACGGACAAGGUCUCUUGUAAUCAUCAGCACCCUGGAUGGGCGGAUCUCUGCUCUGGAUCCUCACAACCAGGGCAGGAAGCAGUGGGAUCUAGAUGUCGGCUCAGGGUGCCUGGUGUCCUCAAGCCUCAGCAAACCCGAGGUGUUUGGCAAUAAGAUGGUCAUCCCCUCACUGGACGGUGCCUUGUUCCAGUGGAACCGGGACAGAGAGAGUAUGGAGGCAGUGCCUUUCAGCGUGGAGUCCUUGCUGGAGUCGUCCUACCGUAUCGGAGAGGACACCGUCCUGGUUGGGGGCAAAUCCCUAACUACCUAUGGUCUGGGGGCUUACAGCGGCAAGCUUCGGUACAUCUGCUCUGCGGUGGGCUGCAGCCACUGGGGGGAUACUAAUAAUGAGAUGGAGUCUGAAGACGUGCUCCUGCUGCAGAGGACUCAGAAGACCGUGCGAGCCAUCAGGCCCCGAUCAGGGAUGGAGAAGUGGAACUUCAGUGUCGGAAACUUUGAGCUGAAGCUUCUUCCUGAGGCUCAGUCUGGAAUCAACUUCCUGGAGGGAGAAGUGGCGAAUGGCGAUGCCUGGAGGGAGAGUCAGCGGGUCAUCACAGACGAACCGAAAGAGAGGGAGCAGGCGGAGAACCAGCAGAACCAGAAGCAGAAUCUGGACCUCGUCAUCAAAGUGUCAGUUCCUGAUUGGAAGGUCAUGGCCUUCAGCACCGAGCCUGAGGGACAGCUGGUCUGGGAGCGUCAGUUCUGCACGCCCAUCGCCUCGGCCUGGCUGGUGGGCGGUGGUAAAGUCACACCAAUCAGCCUGUUUGACGACACUGCCUACAGCAACCAGUCAGAAACUGAUGAGGAGGAGGAUAACGAUGAUCCGGAGAAGGCCAGGGGAACGGCAGAGUCCAGCGUGUACUUAGGGAUGUUCCAGGGACAGCUCUACCUCCAGUCCUCAGUGAGGAUCACUGAAAAGUUCCCCUCCAAAGCUAUCGGAUCAGAGAAGAGUAUAAUUCCACUGCCUACUGUCAGAUGGAAGCCUCUAAUCCAUUCCCCGUCUCGGACACCAGCCCUGGUCGGCUCUGAUGAAUUCGACAAGUGUCUGAAUAACGACAAGUUCUCCCAUGACGAAUACAGUAACGGAGCCUUGUCCAUCCUUCAGUAUCCAUACGACAAUGGCUACUACUUCCCCUACAGCAAGCGUUACAGAGAGAAGCGCGACAGUGCUGUAAGCCUGAUAAAGGGAAACGUGGCGGGGGGUGACAGUCGCAGGAGGAAGGACCCCGUGCUGCUGCUGCCUUGGUGGAAGGAGAUCCUCGGCACCAUCGUCUUCUGCAUCGCCGCCACCACCUACAUCGUCCGCAAGUUCUUCCACCCUCCCGCCCCUGUAGCCUACGUGAGGCAACGGAAAGAGUCGGAGACACAGUGCCAGACAGACAGCAAGUUUGACCUUGAGGUUGUCGAAUCCAAAGAGCCGGUUGCCAUGGAGACCCGUUCCAGCGAAUAUGUGUCCAGGUACUUAACCGACUUUGAGCCAGUGCAGUGCCUCGGCCGCGGGGGGUUCGGUGUUGUGUUUGAAGCACGCAACAAAGUGGACGACUGCAACUAUGCCAUCAAAAGAAUCCGCCUGCCCAACAGGGAGCUGGCUCGUGAGAAGGUGAUGCGAGAGGUGAAGGCCCUGGCCAAACUGGAGCACCCUGGGAUUAUCCGCUACUUCAAUGCCUGGCAGGAGAGCCCCCCCGAGGGCUGGCAGGAGGAGAUGGACAAGAGGUGGCUGAAAGACGCCAGUACCACCGACUGGCCAAUGAGCUUCCUCGACCACAUGGAGGCGCUGUCAGUCAAAGUGCCAGUGUCCAGCUCUGUCUCUCCUGUCUGUGGGCCCGAGGGAGACGUUCUGGAGGCCUCCACCGAUCCCCGAGCCUUGCUCUCCAGCAGUGCCGGUGGAUCCGUCAGUUUCAGCGUUGACGACGGAGACCUCUCCUUCCUCCCGCUCCUGGGCCACGACAGCGUGAUGUCCGAGAGGGACAGCCAGGCUGACCCCGACGCCUCGGACACCCCCCACUCCUUUGAGCUGUGCCCCCCGCGCGGCCCCAGUGACUGCACCUCCUCUUCCUUCGACAUAGUGUUCGAGGACUCGGGCUGCGACCGAGAUGCGGAGGCAGACACGGACUCGGCCUCUAGUGCAGCCAGUCCCAGCACGCUGACGGAGAAGAACAGCUCGUCUUCCUCGCACACCAGGCAACAGGAAUCCGCCCCGCCCUCUUCUUCCUCUCCCCCACGGCCAACGUCACUUACCUUGGCUCUCCCCACAACUCCUCCAACCCAGCGAGUCCAGCCUUCUCCCAAGGUGUACCUGUACAUCCAGAUGCAGCUGUGUCGGAAGGAGAACCUGAAGGACUGGAUGGCACAGCGCUGCCUCCCGGAGCAGAGGGAGCACAACCAGUGUCUGGAUAUCUUCCUCCAGAUCGCAGAGGCUGUCGACUUCCUGCACAGCAAGGGGCUCAUGCACAGGGACCUCAAGCCCUCCAACAUCUUCUUCACUAUGGACGACGUGGUGAAGGUGGGAGACUUCGGACUCGUCACGGCCAUGGACCAGGAGGAGGACGAUGACGAGCCGAGCGCCCUGACGCCCGCGCCGCUCCUCACCAGACACACGGGACAGGUCGGCACUAAGCUCUACAUGAGCCCAGAGCAGCUUUCUGGAAACUCGUACUCGCAUAAAGUGGACAUUUACUCUCUGGGUCUGAUCCUGUUUGAGCUGCUGUAUCCCUUCAGGACCCAGAUGGAGAGAGUGAGGACGCUGACAGAGGUGAGGGCGCUGCGCUUCCCAGAGGUUUUCUCCAAAAACAAUGUUCAGGAGCUGAGCAUGGUGCGCAGCAUGCUGUCGCCGAGCCCCGGCGAGCGUCCUGAGGCAGCUGAGAUCACAGGGACUCCCCUCUUCCAGGAGCUGGAGCUGCCCUGCCGACUGGCCGUGAGGCAGCGCUCCCGCACCUACAGCGCCUCGUCCAUGGGCCGCCCCUCGCGCCAGACAUCGACUAACUGAAGAUCCCGUGACGCAAUAUAUAACCCCUGUCCCAAACCCCCUCCCCCCCCAUUUCCCUGUCAUUCCCCUGCUGGUCUGCUGCCCAAGAGAAACACCUCAGCCCCCGUCACACACUGCCUCAGACAGAAUCACUUUAGAAGCCAAGUACAACGAAUGUGUGGGAAGUUAUCUCAGUGGCUUUAGAGCAGCAAGACAAAGUCCUGCACAGUGACCGAUCUUGGAGAAUACACAUGCCGUUACAUAUUCGCACACAUUAUGCUGCCCAAAAUUCCCAAUCAAUUUUAAUCACACUUACAAGUGUGAAUAUUUAAAGUAAAGAAUAAAGAAUAUUUUAAAAGCGACAGCUGUUCUGUAAUGUUCACGACCAGACUUGGCUCAAGUGGUACUUACAAAUAAUUCUUAGUGUUUUUUUAUUUUUUGAGUGUCUCGGAGUACCAGAUGGGCGGUGUUUACUGCCGUCAGUCAGCUCAGCGGAGACUAAGCUGUUAUCACUAAAUAUUAUACCUAAUUGAAUUUGAAAUAUUUACGGUACUUGUGAUCGUCUGAAACAACUGGCAGUCUCCUCUCUCCACUCUUGUCAUGGCAAACAUCAUCUGGUACUCGGAGAUAAUUGACAGACGUGCUAAGAGCUGUUGUAGAUAUGAUUUGAUUCUGGUCUGGUCACAACACGCUGCUUGCUCUCAACAUUCAGCCAGUGUUCACUCACUCACGCUACACCUCAGGUAUGAAAACCAAGAGGACACUCCAAAGGGGCCUUUGAUGCUUGAUCAUCCUAUCUACUAGUGACUAAUACUGAUCACUGGUAUGAGCACUAACUGGUGUUCUGACACCCAAUAUGCCUGAUUUGGGAGACCAAAAAAGACCAUCUUUUUUCCUAUGUGUUUUUUUUAUGAGAGAAGGUGAUGUAUUGCGUAGAGAAGAGUUUAUGAAUCCAGAUAUGAUUUGCCUUUAGAAAGGGGCCAGCGGCCCCCUCUGGAUGAAUGCUGAGCCUCGGGCUCAUGUCUUUUUUGCAUGUAUCUGAUAGGAAAGUGAAGGGUUGAGUGUGAGUUUGUUAUCUUAAAGCCAGUACUUGGACACAGUUUUUCUGUGUGUAAAUUUACACAACGAUUCGGAGGUGCUCAAUCAUUUUUCCAGCACCUCCUCUUUGCUCUCUGUACAUAAUUGAAGGGAAAAACCUGUUUAUACCCUUUUUCUUUGUUAAUUCAGAAGAUACAUUUGAUCAAUCCUGUACAUAUUGUAAGGCGCCAUUGCUUGUAAAUGGCUUUUUCAUGAGACACCUGUAAGAUAGUGUGAUAUACUGUUGGAGGGGGAAGAGAGGAGACGAUCCCUGCCAUUAACGGAUAGCUGAAUGUUACAGUGUGACCUCCAGAGACAGAUGAUGUUGGUCACUUCUAAUAGCUGUUUGAAAUUAUUCUCAGUGUUUUCACAUAUCUGGGGUACCAAGUGGAGGGGGGGGGUGGGGGUUGCCCUGCUUUGAGCACCAGAGGAGAACCCGCAGGACCAGAGUGCCAUUUGAAAGUCAGUUAAGUGUACUUUUCUGUAAUUGAUAACUCACCUCACCUCACAUUUUCUUUUUCUUUUUGCAAUUGUGCUACUGUGCUCCAGCCCCAUCCAGCUGGUGUUCCUGGUGAAGCACUCAGUACUGAGGUCUGCAGCUCUCCCCGUGAUGCAGGAGAAAUAGCAUUUAGUGAAGAAGGUGAUACUGUUUUACCCCCGUCUAGUCUAGACUGACUAGUGGGGGACCCGGACCUGAUGUUGGUCAUAUGAUCCUCAUAAGCAUUGUUUUAUGUACAUAAGAAGUGCUGGGAGAGUACAUGACCUGUUUGUAACUACACACACUCAAACUGCUAAUUGUAAUGUGCUUUCAAUGAUUGUACUUUUCUAAGGAUCUUCUCUCUUUUUCUUUUUCUUUUUUUUUUAAUUUUAAAUAAGCAAAGUUUUUGAUUAUUCUGCAGGGUUUUUUGAUUACUGUAAAGUCUUUGACUGUGUCUGAUACAGGAAGUCAAACUGAUGUUCGUUUCAUCCAUCCACUCAGCCCACUGAAAAUGACUCAUUCUUGUUGUAAUUUUAUCAAUUCUCUCUUCUGUGUUUAAAACGGGACUGUACUCCCACUAUGAAAAAGGAGGGAACAGGAGAGAUUAAAGGGGGGGGGGGGUGAAAACUCAUGCUGCAAAUUCAACAGCUUUAUAUGAAGGACAGUAUGUUCUGAUAAGUCCUUUCUUGACAAUGUGACACCUUUUUGUAAAAUUAAUGUUUGAUAUUUCAAAUGAAUUCAAUAAUGGAUUCAGGGUAAAUUCUUCUCUCCUGUGAAAUAAGCUAAAAGGAUUUAGAAAACUUCCUUUUUUUGUCCUUUUGUCUUCUAGAAAUCAAAUCCUGAGUCAGUUGUGAUAUGAAGACUUUGUACAGUAGGAAACUUAAAUCACCUACUGUAGUAAAUAUCUUGUAAUCAUAUACCGUUAAACUAAAAGCAGCAUUACUGACAAUAGUGUAUUAUCGGGGGGUUCUAGAGAUUUUGUUCUUUUCACUCAAACCAAGAAAAUGUCGUUAUAACAGUAGGUUUUUGUUGCUUUUGUUUAAAUUGUGCUCAUCCUCCUUCCACUCCUGCAGUCUGGGUACUUUUUCUUCCUGAGGUUCAAGUGAAAAAUCAGAUUCCCUCUUCUCAAUCUCUGAUGCCUCUGUCUGGACAUGUAGUUCUGUGUUCUCGUGCACAAACCCAUUCUCCGUCCAUGGUGAAUUGUAAAUAUGUUUAUUUGCUUUAUUUAUGUUUUAAUGCCGUGAUCAAUCCUUUUUUGGGUUGGUGUUAUUAUGAAUGCGCUUCAUGCGAUGGAGCGCAUUGGAAUAUGAUGACUUCUUACAAGUCUAAAUUUAAUAAACUGUUCUAUACCGUU